UGAUCUUUACCAGGCAGGGACCGAGGCUUGUGCGUCAGUUGACUACAGUACAGCGGAAGGUAACCUCCACGUCACACGAAUACGUUUUUAAUCUGCCUUUAGUGAUGCACAUGUCGUGUUUGAUGACACGUAUUUAACAGCGGAGACUAUAAAUUUUAUAGAAGAGGGCAAUUCACUGUUCUAGAGCUCCUCGUGCGAAAGGAGUAAAGGAUUUUCUUGCCUCCGCUCCUUCCUGCUCGGUCUUUGUUUUUUAAAUACCAGUUUGCUCGAGCAGGAGACCAACAGCGCCCCUUGUGGGCUAAAUAGGAUACAAGUCCAGGAUAGGGAGCCAGACGAGCGGCCGAGCCUCUUACCUCGCGUGCGACGUGGGUCCGCCACGCUUAGCUCUCCGAUGCGGAGUGAGGAUGAGUCCCGCUCUGGAAGCCCUCAUGCAGGCGGACGGGACUCCCUUCUCGGGGAAAGGGGUGAUGCUUGAACCCUUCGUGCACCAGGUGGGGGGGCACUCCUGCGUGCUACGAUUCGGGGAGCAAACCAUCUGCAAACCGCUCAUCCCCCGCGAGCAUCAGUUUUACAAGAGCCUCCCUACCGAGAUGAGGAAAUUCACGCCUCAGUACAAAGGUGUAGUGUCGGUCAGUUUCGAAGAAGACGAGGGCGGAAACCUAUGCCUCAUUGCUUACCCUCUUCAUAGCGAAUCGGCCGACCUGGAAAACAAAGAUCCCUCAAGCGACUGCGAGCCCAAGAGUAAGAUGUUAAAGUGGAGCAACAAAAAGCAGUCCCCUUUGCACUUGGAGAAUGACAACUUAAGCAAAGAAAGAGCCCGACAGAGUCGUAAAGACGACAAGAUCAUAAGCUACCGUGAUGAUGUACAGGCACAGCAGCAGGCAGAGGUUCUGUACUUAAGCCUGGAGAAAGGCAACAUGGUCCCACAGAUCAAACACAAUCCCUGGAGUCUCAAAUGUCACCAACAGCACUUACAGAGGAUGAAGGACAAUGCUAAGCACCGGAAUCAAUACAAGUUCAUUUUAUUGGAGAACCUCACGUGGCGUUACACAGUACCAUGUGUCUUGGACUUGAAGAUGGGGACCCGCCAGCAUGGUGAUGACGCUUCAGAGGAGAAGAAAGCCAAUCAGAUCCGCAAGUGUCAACAAAGCACAUCGGCUUCCAUUGGCGUGCGACUCUGUGGCAUGCAGGUAUACCAGUCAGAUUCUGGGCAGUUGAUGUUCAUGAAUAAGUACCAUGGGCGAAAGCUGACCUUCGCAGGCUUCAAGGAGGCCCUUUACCAGUUUUUUCACGAUGGGCAACGCCUGCGCCAUGAGCUGUUGUCGCCUGUGCUGCGACGCCUGCGUGAAAUGCAAGCUGCGUUGGAGUCAUGCGAGUCCUAUCGAUUCUACUCCAGUUCCCUGCUCAUUAUCUAUGACGGACAUCCUCCUAGGACGUCCUCUCGACCUCGACAUCGCGGUGGAGAGGAGGGGGAUGAAGACGAGUUGUCUGAGGAGGAGGAAGAAGAGGGCGCCUUCGGGUUCCCUCGUUCAUCCUCGGCAGGCGGAAGCGCCGGUGGGGCCGUAGGGAGCAGCAACAGUAGCAGCGGUCGCUCUGCCCACAGCACAUCGGACCCUAGCAGUUCUGCGGUGGAUGUGCGCAUGAUUGACUUUGCUCACACAACUUGCCGUCACUAUGGCGAGGACAGCGUUGUGCACGAAGGUCAGGACAGUGGGUUCAUCUUUGGGCUCCAGAAUCUGAUCAGCAUCAUUUCCCAGCUGGAGGAUCACAGCAACGAUUGAGGCUUGCACAAGAGGCCGCAUGUUCUAAAUUUCAAGCGAGGGGAAUGAGCUCGAUGAGCCGGCACUCCGCUACUCCGAAGUGCGCAGUCCUUCCACCCGCACGGAGGUCCGAUUCUCCCCACCUCCUCGGAGGGAACCUCGGAUGCCCCGGGGUAAGGAGGGAGAGUAUGCGCGGUGGGUCCAGCGCUCUCCCUCACCUGCCAGAGGACGGUCACCUGAGGCCUUCGUCAAACACUUUCCUCUUUGAGACUGCUCCUUUUCUUUUGCGCUCACAGUAGGAGGAAUGUUGAACAAGAUGAAGGUCCGGAAACAGACUCAAAGACUCUUUCUUGUAGCAUCCUAAGACACUCCCCCUCUUCCUGCAGUACACACGUUUCUUUAUUGUGCAUUCUCUCUGAGAGAGAAAUUAUGAGCUAGUUGGUUCAAAUUAAAGUGUACUGUCUUUCAAAGUCUGACACAGUGCUUUACCUGUGGCGUGAGAUUAUUUUGUGUUUUUGGUAGAGUGUGGUUAUGACUACCAGCCCCUAAGAGUAUAGCGCAUUAACGGUGAGGGGAUUUAAAGGGCUGACCUUGGCUGGCUAGGUCAGCAGCCUUGUAGCAAUCAACAAUGUAAGCUGCUGAAAAGGACAUUUUGUGUUUAUGUUGGUGUUUGCUAGAAACGCGCUCUGGGUUUCUAAUCGGGCACUUGGAUGGAUUUAAGAUACAAGAUUAUAAGGAACAGUUCCCCUUCUGUACUUUAUUUCCUGUAAUAUUACAAGAAAGUGAAACCCUUUUUUUUUUUUUUUUUUUUUUUUUUAAAUACGUGUGGUUUUUGUUGGACUUUCUCCUAUUCAUUCCAUUGAAAGUGGACUUGAAAAUAAUUUACUGAUUUGAAAUCACUAGCUACCAAGAGACUUAUUUAUUUGAAAGCGGUGUUUAAAAAUGGGAAAAAGAACAUUCCAAAUAGCCACUGUUAAAUUUCUCAUACUGAAUUUAUUUUGUUAUUGCGAGAGCAAUGAAGCUCGCUUGUAUGCCUAUGUGUUAGCAAUGUCUUGGGAAAUAAAGGCAUUCAUUUGUGGUAAGUUGUUUGGUGCUGUGUUCUAUGUAAAAUAUUUUUUUAACA